AUGAAGUUUGAAUUGUUAGUUGCUUUGGCUAGUGUUCUUACUACUACGUCCGCUACUGGAUUCCAUGGCAAAUUUGGCCAUGGUGGAUUUCAAAAAGAUGGAGAUUGUGUUCCAACCACUUAUUGGACUACUUGUUUUGCUCCAGCUACAACUGAGAUUACCAUCACUUCUUGUGAAAACAAUGCUUGUGCUACUAGAACUCACCAUACUGGUGUUACCAAAACCAAGACCAUCUAUGAAGGUGUCACCACUGAAUACACCACUUAUUGUCCAUUAACUACUUCUCAUGAAGUUGUCAGAUCUACCCUUUCAAAAUCUAUUGUCAUAUGGUCUACUAAGUCUGCUCCAUGGUAUUGGAGUUGGAAUCGUCCUCCAAAUUGUGGUCAAUCUACCUCUAUCGUCUCCACUACUGUUGAAACUCAACCUCCUGCUGCUGAAACUUCUUCAACUGUUACUCCAGUAGUUCCAACUUCAACUUUUGUUGAAACUACUCCAACCACUGAAGUUCCAACUACCACUUCUGUUCCGCAAGUUCCAACCACUUCUACUUCUGUUCCACAAGUUCCAACUACUAAUGUUCCACACAAACCCUCUUGUGUCACUCAUACGGCUAAAUCAACUACAGUUAUCACCACUACUGACUGCCGUGGUCAAAGUUGUACUCACGCUACUGUCACAACUGGUGUUACUGUGCUUACUGUUACUACUUCAGAAAUCGUUACUAGCUACACUACUUAUUGUCCAUUAACUUCUACUGAAACUAUUGGUACAAGUUCUAUUGAAUCCAGCAGCAGUGUUGAAACUCCAACUACUACUUUGGAAUCAUCCUCGUCUAGUGUUGUUUCUAGUUCUUCUGAAAGUACUCCAGUUACUGUUAUCACUCGUCACACAACUUCAGUUACUAGUGAAACCAGUACCUUCUGUCCAUUGACUUCUACUGAAUCCACUUCUACUCCAGUCACUUCUUCUUCCGUUCCAGUUGAAUCAUCUAGCACUCCAUGUCAAGGUGAAGAAUGUACCCCAUCUACUUCUACCCCAGGUAAACCAACCAGUCCAGCUCCAAUUCUUGAAACUUCAGUCACCACUCCAUCUUCUCCAGCACCAUCUUCUAGUGCCCCAGUUGAAUCCUCAUCUGCCCCAGUUGAAUCCUCAUCUGCUCCAGUUGAAUCAUCUUCUAGUGCCCCAGUUGAAUCCUCAUCUGCUCCAGUUGAAUCCUCAUCUGCUCCAGUUGAAUCCUCAUCUGCUCCAGUUGAAUCCUCAUCUGCUCCAGUUGAAUCAUCUUCUAGUGCCCCAGUUGAAUCCUCAUUUGCUCCAGUUGAAUCAUCAAGUGUCCCAGUUGAAUCCUCAUCUGCUCCAGUUGAAUCAUCUUCUAGUGCCCCAGUUGAAUCCUCAUCUGCUCCAGUUGAAUCCUCAUCUGCUCCAGUUGAAUCAUCUUCUAGUGCCCCAGUUGAAUCCUCAUUUGCUCCAGUUGAAUCAUCAAGUGUCCCAGUUGAAUCAUCAUCUGCUCCAGCACCAUCUUCAUCUGCCCCAGUUGAAUCAUCAUCUGCUCCAGCACCAUCUUCUAGUGUCCCAGCUGAAUCAUCAAGUGUUCCAGCUGAAUCAUCUUCUAGUGCCCCAGUUGAAUCAUCAAGUGUACCAGUUGAAUCAUCAUCUGCUCCAGCACCAUCUUCAUCUGCCCCAGUUGAAUCAUCAUCUGCUCCAGCACCAUCUUCAUCUGCCCCAGUUGAAUCAUCAUCUGCUCCAGCACCAUCUUCUAGUGUCCCAGCUGAAUCAUCAAGUGUUCCAGCUGAAUCCUCAUCUGCUCCAGUUGAAUCAUCUUCUAGUGCCCCAGUUGAAUCCUCAUCUGCUCCAGUUGAAUCAUCAAGUGUCCCAGUUGAAUCCUCAUCUGCUCCAGCACCAUCUUCAUCUGCCCCAGUUGAAUCAUCAAGUGUCCCAGCUGAAUCAUCUUCUGCUCCAGGUACUGAAACUUCAUCUGCUCCAGCUCCAGGUACUGAAACUCCAUCUGCUCCAUGUGAAGGUGAUGAAUGUACUCCAACUACUCCAGCUCCAGGCACUGAAACUUCAUCUGCUCCAGCUCCAGGUACUGAAACUUCAUCUGCUCCAGCUCCAGGUACUGAAACUCCAUCUGCUCCAUGUGAAGGUGAUGAAUGUACUCCAACUACUCCAGCUCCAGGUACUGAAACUUCAUCUGCUCCAGCUCCAGGCACUGAAACUCCAUCUGCUCCAGCUCCAGGUACUGAAACUCCAUCUGCUCCAUGUGAAGGUGAUGAAUGUACUCCAACUACUCCAGCUCCAGGUACUGAAACUUCAUCUGCUCCAGCUCCAGGUACUGAAACUCCAUCUGCUCCAGCUCCAGGUACUGAAACUUCAUCUGCUCCAGCUCCAGGCACUGAAACUCCAUCUGCUCCAGCUCCAGGUACUGAAACUCCAUCUGCUCCAUGUGAAGGUGAUGAAUGUACUCCAACUACUCCAGCUCCAGGUACUGAAACUUCAUCUGCUCCAGCUCCAGGCACUGAAACUCCAUCUGCUCCAGCUCCAGGUACUGAAACUUCAUCUGCUCCAGCUCCAGGUACUGAAACUCCAUCUGCUCCAGCUCCAGGUACUGAAACUCCAUCUGCUCCAUGUGAAGGUGAUGAAUGUACUCCAACUACUCCAGCUCCAGGUACUGAAACUUCAUCUGCUCCAGCUCCAGGUACUGAAACUUCAUCUGCUCCAGCUCCAGGUACUGAAACUCCAUCUGCUCCAUGUGAAGGUGAUGAAUGUACUCCAACUACUCCAGCUCCAGGUACUGAAACUUCAUCUGCUCCAGCUCCAGGUACUGAAACUUCAUCUGCUCCAGCUCCAGGUACUGAAACUCCAUCUGCUCCAGCUCCAGGUACUGAAACUCCAUCUGCCCCAGUUGAAUCAUCAAGUGUCCCAGCUGAAUCAUCUUCUGCUCCAGGUACUGAAACUUCAUCUGCUCCAGCUCCAGGUACUGAAACUCCAUCUGCUCCAGCUCCAGGUACUGAAACUCCAUCUGCCCCAGUUGAAUCAUCAAGUGUCCCAGCUGAAUCAUCUUCUGCUCCAGGUACUGAAACUUCAUCUGCUCCAGCUCCAGGUACUGAAACUCCAUCUGCUCCAGCUCCAGGUACUGAAACUCCAUCUGCUCCAGCUCCAGGUACUGAAACUCCAUCUGCUCCAGCUCCAGGUACUGAAACUCCAUCCGCUCCAUGUGAAGGUGAUGAAAUGUACCCCAUCUGGUGA